AAUAGAAACAAGAAGCAAUUGCUACUAUUCUGUGAUGAUAUUCGUAUAAUCCUGAGCGCGGUCAUGUCACUCAUGCUCUCUUGAUCUUUAAGAGCCCUUGUAUAUACAUUGUUGGCAUAUGAUGUAUAAAGAAUAUCUUGAUAUAUUGUCAUGAGAGGGACAGAUUAGCGAGAAUGCGCCGUUAUUUUCCUCACGCCCCUCCUGUGCGACCUACCUCCGCCCGAACUAUCGUGGGACUUGAGAGGAGGCACCACAUAUGCACACAAUGUCUACUAUUGGAAAGGACUGCUAAGAGGCAACGGAAUAUUACCAGAUCCCCAAUAGCAGAUCGUAGACCUUCUGUUGUCCCAGGACGACCUACCUUCUCAGCAGGCAGGUUUAGACAGCUAGCAACUGUCGCGACAAGCGAUGUAAAGAAAGACAACGACCAUGGUCCGAUACAAGAAUAUGACCGGCGAGUCAGGGAAGGGCGCCUUCGAGAGGAUCAGCACCAGCGCGGGAUAAUACAGAGCUUGCAAAAUCUGCACGAAGACCUAGUCCACUAUCGAGCACCGCCGGUCGUUCACCCGAGCCUCGAAACCUUAAAGCCCACCAAGUCACUGUUCUCUUGGUUUGGGUCGAAACCAGGCAAUAGGGCUUUACAGGAGAUUCCAGCUAACCUACCACGGGGCUUGUAUUUGUAUGGUGACGUGGGGAGCGGGAAGACCAUGCUGAUGGAUCUGUUCUACGAUACGUUGCCAAGUUCCGUCAGGUCAAAGACGAGGAUACAUUUCCACAAUUUCAUGCAGGAUGUGCACAAGAGGCUGCAUCGGAUGAAGAUGGAGCAUGGAAUCGAUAUAGAUGCCGUCCCAUUCGUAGCGGCGGAUAUCGCAGAGCAGGGAAAUGUACUGUGUUUUGACGAGUUUCAGUGCACCGACGUAGCUGAUGCGAUGAUUCUGCGAAGACUUUUAGAAUCUCUGAUGUCUCACGGGGUUGUUCUCGUCACGACCUCGAACCGGCACCCAGACGAGCUCUACAAGAACGGAAUACAGCGCGAGUCUUUCAUCCCGGCCAUCCAUCUUCUCAAAUCGCGGCUGCAUGUCAUCAAUCUUGACUCACCAACUGAUUACCGCAAAAUCCAGAGACCGCCGUCAGGGGUCUACCAUACACCGCUUGACAGCCAUGCGGCCUCGCACAUAGACAAGUGGCUCCGUUUUCUAGGUGACCCAGAUAACCCGGAGCCUCGGCCGGAAACGCAGAAGGUAUGGGGUCGCGACAUCCACGUGCCGAGAGUCAGUGGCCGCUGCGCCUGGUUCACUUUCCAGGAGUUGAUCGGUCAGGCGACGGGAGCUGCCGACUACCUCGAACUGAUGCGCUGUUACGAUGCGUUUAUAAUAUCCGAUGUUCCUGGCAUGACCUUCCGAGAACGUGAUCUUGCGAGACGAUUUAUCACCUUCAUAGAUGCUGUCUAUGAGUCACGUGCCAAGCUCGUUCUUACAACAGCCGUUCCCCUAACGGAGCUGUUCAUCUCCCCAUCAGAGUUACGGGAAUCUUUGAAAAGGGAUGGGAAGCCCGUAGAUGACGAAGACGACGAAUCUACUAGCCAUGCUAUGCAGCAUAUGCUGGAGGACAUGAAUAGCAACAUUGACCAGCUAAAAAACUCAAGUCUCUUCUCCGGCGACGAGGAACGUUUCGCGUUUGCUCGAGCGCUUUCGAGAUUAACGGAGAUGUCAAGUCAAGAAUGGGUUGAACGCGGUAUGGGGCUGGAACAAUCAGGAGGGAAGAAAGAGAGAGACGACUGGGUGAAAGCUAGGAGUCGACAGAUGGAGGAUAGCAUGUGAAGCAGCGCGAAGUAUUUAUUUACUCUACUUUUUGGCAUGACCGGCGUUUUGCUUUCUUGGUUUGAUGAGCGAGUUCAACAAAUACACGUAUAGAGCGGUUGGGAAGGCUACGACUUUGUAGUUGGCUGGCUUGAUACGACGGAGAUUACAUAGGUGUGUAUCUUUCACUACGUCACCAACAACAUUAUUGGCACAGGUCAGAUCACGUUCUUGGUCCUAUCAAAGCUUGCGGUUUGCAUAGCACGGUAUACCCUGACAUUGCGCGCAUGGUAUGUAGCACAAGAUGCCACGAGGAAAUACUAUCAAGAUCGGUAGAUGCGUUCUCAAUUCUUUGCGUGACUAAGUUUUGCAAUAUAGGAGUUCUUAGCGAUCUCGAG